AAAGAAAAGGCCAGAACAGAAAAUUAAUCGCUAACUUUCACUAAAGUUUAUAGAUCCUCUCUCUCUCCCCUUCUCGCUCGCGCGCGCGUUCUCUCUGUUUUCUAUUUUCCAUGGCGGACCCUCCCUCUUCUCCUACUACCGCCAUUACCAUAGAAUCGAAUUCUAAUAAGCCCGAAUCCGUUAACCCGAACAUUCUACCCAAUCCAACAACCGACUCCUCAGCAGCACAGGCACCGUCACAGCAACAGUCGGCAACUCCUCCCGCAUCAAACACUAACCCUAACCCUAGCCUGAAUCCGAACCCAACUUUAGUAUCUCCACCAGUACAUGCGUUUCCAUCAUACGCGCCGCCGCCUCAAAUCGCCGGUGCAUCUGUGCCUUCCGGUGCUCAAUCUUUCCGUCCAGUUCCUCAAUUCUCUACGUUGCCGAAUUAUCAAAACCCUAGCGUUGGCGUGCAGCCGCCUGGAGUGAGUGCUCAGCCAGUUAUCGCUUCUGGUGCUCCUGGCGCAGUAGCAGCUCCACCUCCCAUGAUGCCUUAUCAGAUUCCGCCAGCUCAGCCUCCAAAUCCGGCCUUGAGACAUUACGCGCCUAUGCCAAAUGGUUUUGCUGCCAUUCCUGGAGCUGCUCCUCAAGGGACUAUGCCCCUUCCCGGAAUUCAACGCUAUCCCUCUCCAUACCCAGCUAUGGUUCGCCCUAUAUUUCCUCCUUGUCCACCUGGGACAGUUGGCAUGCUUCCACCAGCAGCUCGCCCUCUUGUUCCAGGGAUUCCCGGUGUUCGCCCACUCAUACCCACCAUCAUCAGGCCACCUGUUCCUUCUGUCACACCAGCAGAGAAACCACAAACUACUGUAUAUGUUGGCAAGAUUUCUCCUUCUGUGGAAAAUGAUUUUAUGUUGUCUCUCCUUCGGUUCUGUGGACCUGUUAAGAGUUGGAAACGUGCUCAAGACCCCACCGAUGGGACUCCUAGAGGCUUUGGGUUUUGUGAAUUUGAAUCUGCUGAGGGGGUUCUCCGUGCAUUACGAUUGCUGAGUAAAUUUAAUAUUGAUGGGCAAGAACUGGUGCUAAAUGUUAAUCAAGCAACAAGAGAAUAUCUAGAGCGGUAUGUCGAGAAGAAAACUGAAAACUCAAAGAAUCUGAAAGAAAGUCAAGCUAUGGGGGUUGACAAGGAGGAUGGAACGGCUGUAGGUGUUGAAAAGAAUGAAACUCCCAAAUCUUCUGUGGAGGACUCUAGCAAUGCUAGCGACAAGGGGAACAAAGAAAAUACUGAUCCUGCCAACUUUGGGAUUGUGACUGAUGAAGACAAGGAAGGUGACAAAGAGGCUUUGGAGAAGCUCAGUAGCAUGAUAGAAGAGAGGUUGAAGACUAGACCUUUGCCUCCGCCGCCUCCGCCUCCACAAAUACCUGCAGAUGGUCCUGGGAAUGCAAACUCAGAAAUGCCAACUAAAUCAAGGGAGGACUCUGAUGUGGACAUAAGAAGACAUGACUCAGCCGAAGAUAAAAAUGAUGAUGAGACAACUAGUGACAACAAGGCCGCAAGUGAACAGGAUAGACCUGGAACAAGCUCUCCUGAUAGGAGUAGGAAGUAUGACAGGAGAAGCAGAGAAAGAGACAGAGAUCGAGAUCUAAAAAGGGAAAAGGAACGAGAAGUUGAAAGGUAUGAAAGGGAAUCGGAGCGAGAGCGGAUUAGAAAAGAGAGGGAGCACAGAAGGAUGAUUGAGGAAGCAGAACGUGAUUAUGAAGAACGAUUAAAAGAUUGGGAACAUAGGGAAAGAGAGAAAGAGAAGCAGCGGCACUAUGAGAAGGAGAAGGACAAAGAAAGAGAACGCAAAAGGAGGAAGGAGAUACUUUAUGAUGAGGAAGAUGAUGAUGAUGAUUCAAGAAAAAGGUGGCGCAGGAAUGUCUUAGAGGAUAAGAGAAGGAAGAGGCUACUUGAGAAGAAGGAAGAUGAAGCUGACAGACGCGAAGAAGAGAAGGAAAUUGCUGAGGCAAAGAAGAAGGAGGAGGAGGAAAAGCGACAGCAGCAACAGAGAGAUGAAUCAAAGCUUUUAUCUGAUCAUGUCAUGAAUGGAAGUGACAAGAAAGUUCUGGCUGAAGAAGUCAAUGAUGAGAGCAAAGAUAAGGCAUUUGGAGGUGAAAAUGAGGGAGAUUCUGGUAAUGAAAACGGUAUAGAUGAUGGUGUCUUACAAAAUGGUACAGUUGAUGAAUCAACCAUGGCAUCAUUGGCUGAAUCAGAUGUACGGCAGAGUGGUAAUGCACCUGCAAGAAAGUUGGGUUUUGGUUUAGUUGGAUCUGGCAAACGAGCGGCAGUUCCUUCAGUUUUCCAUGAGGAGGAUGAUGAUGAUGCUCAUAAGGAGAAAAAGAUGAGACCCCUGGUUCCCAUCGAUUAUUCGACGGAGGAGUUGCAGGCUGUUCAACCUACAGUUUCUGCAGCACAGCCGCCAAAUCUUGCUGCUGCUGCUGAAUUUGUAAAGCGUAUUUCUAAUGUUACUUCUAAGGAAGAGAAACCUGAUGUGGAAAGAGAAAGAAGUAAACGUUCUCAUGAUAGAUCAAGUCAGCGGGACAGGGACAGGAAUGAUGAGGAUAUUAAUCGGAUAAGAGAUGACAAAGAUAGGAUUCUUGAACGGGACAGGAACUGGGAACAUGGCCAGGAGAAAGUAAAAACACCAGAUAAGCAGAAACUUUUGGAUGCAAAACAGUUGAUUGAUAUGAUACCAAAAACCAAGGACGAGCUAUUCUCAUAUGAGAUAAAUUGGGCAGUGUAUGAUAAACAUGAACUUCAUGAGAGAAUGAGACCGUGGAUUUCAAAGAAGAUUACAGAGUUUUUAGGAGAGGAAGAGACCACUCUGGUAGAUUACAUUGUAUCAAGCACUCAAGAACAUGUGAAGGCAUCUCAGAUGCUGGAGAUGCUUCAAUCGAUAUUGGACGAUGAAGCGGAGAUGUUUGUGCUCAAGAUGUGGAGAAUGCUUAUCUUUGAAAUUAAAAAGGUCGAAACUGGUCUUGCGUUGAGGUCAAAAUCAUGAGAGCAUAUCUUAUAAUUGCUACAGUACUACUGUGAGACUCGUAUUCUUCCUCUUACUAUGUCUUAUUUUUGGUAGAUGUAGAUUUUUCAGUAUGGUAGAACAAAGCAUAGAUUGCAAUCAAGGUGUAUCAAAUGUUUUUCAAUUUGAAUUGUUUCAAAAAAUAGUACAAUUUUCCGUCUUCAAGAAAUGAAGGAUACAUUCUUGUACUGAAUGCACUCUUUUGGUUGGUGCUUGUA